AUGGACACGCAGUUGGACGAGGUUGCCGAGAGGCUCGGCUCGUACCUUAAAGCCAUCCCGCCCGGCAUUCCCCAGUGCGUAUUUGCUGCAGUCGCCAUUGCUCUCAGUAUCUGGCUCCUACAAAUAGCGCAGUCAUGGAACGAAGACAAAGCCGUCAUCUACACCGUCCCGCCGCCAAAGACCCCGGACAAGCACUCGUUCGUCGAGGAGACUAAUGUCAAGAUCUCCGGAACGACCGCAGUCCACUGCUACGCCCCAGCCACGGGUCAAUUCCUCGGUUUCAUCAACCCUUCCACCCCGGCGUCCAUUGAUCGUGCCCUCGAUGCAUCCCACGCCGCGCAGUCGAAAUGGAAGACGACAACCUUCCGGGAGCGUCGUCGUGUGCUGCGUACCAUGCUCCAACACGUCUUAGACAACCAGGAAGCCAUAUGCCGCGCCGCAUGCCUUGAUUCCGGCAAGACCAUGGUCGACGCCCAGCUGGGCGAGAUUCUCGUCACCGUCGAGAAGCUUACCUGGACGCUAAACCACGGCGAGAAAGCCCUCCGACCGAGCUCGCGUCCCACGAACCUCCUGAUGAUAUACAAGCGCAACGAGGUGCGGUAUGAGCCGCUCGGUGUGGUUGGGGCGUUGGUGAGCUGGAACUACCCGUUCCACAACCUUAUAGGGCCCAUCAUCUCGAGCAUUUUUGCCGGGAACGGUGUGCUCGUCAAGGUCUCUGAACAAACAGCCUGGAGCUCUCAAUACUUUACCAGCAUCGCGAGAGGCGCUCUUAUCGCCCAUGGUCAUGAUCCUGCCUUGAUCCAGACGGUGGUAUGCUGGCCCCAGACGGCGAACCACAUCACGUCCCACCCCAAGAUCUCUCACCUGACCUUCAUCGGGUCCCGUGUUGUGUGUCUCAAGGUCGCGGCGUCGGCUGCCAAAUCGCUUACCCCUCUCAUCGCCGAGCUUGGCGGCAAGGACCCUUCCAUUAUACUCGACUCUGCCGCCAAGGACCUGAAGCGUAUCGUUGAGAUACUUAUGCGUGGAACAUUCCAGGCUUCCGGGCAAAACUGCAUUGGUAUCGAGCGAAUCAUUGCCACGCCGAAGCUUUACGACCAGCUAAUCUCCACGCUCGCACCAAAAGUACAGGCUCUCCGCUUGGGUCCCACGGCAGAUGUAGGCGCCAUGAUCUCUGAUGCUGCCUUUGACCGACUUGAGGCUCUUAUCGACAAGGCAGUCAAACAAGGUGCUCGCCUUCUGGCUGGCGGUAACCGCCACACCCACCAAGAAUAUCCCAAAGGUCACUACUUCACCCCGACACUGCUCAUCGAUGUUACCCCCGACAUGGAGAUCGCCAAAGAAGAAUGCUUCGGUCCCGUCAUGACCAUCAUGCGCGCCCCAGGCCCCGACGCCGAGUCUGUUCUGUCCGUGGCCAACGCGCCCGAGUUCGGUCUCGGCGCCUCCAUCUUUGGCGGCGACAACGACCCCGUUCUCCAAGCCGUCGUGGACGGCCUCAAUACUGGAAUGGUCGCCGUCAAUGACUUUGGCACAACCUAUGCCGUGCAGCUGCCGUUCGGUGGCGUCGGCGGCUCCGGCUACGGGCGCUUCGCGGGCGAAGAGGGGCUCAGGGGUCUCUGCAAUAUCAAGAGCAUCUGCGUUGACCGCUUCGGUUGGUUAGGCGUUCGUACUUCCAUCCCCCCGCCCGUCAAGUAUCCCGUUCCGGAUCAGGAACGCAGCUGGCGGUUUGCGAGAGGGGUUGUGGGUGUGGGUUAUGCGCAAGGUCUUGCAGGGAAGGUCAGGGGAAUUCUCGACAUACUAAAGAAUGCUUGA